CGCCCCUGGCGGAGCGUUAAUUCGAAAGGAAGGGGCUUUGCAGACACCUCCCCGGAGGCAGCCUGAUAUGGUCUAGUCCGCCCUCUCACCCUAAGGUGACCUCCUCAAACUCCUGGACGGGCAGAGCAGGCCUCCAUUCUUGGGGGAGGGGGGCGCGGAGAGACGAGGAGGACGCUCCUCUCCCCUCUCCUUUUACCUCAGCGACGGGGCGGAGGAAAGGGGCGCUCGGGCCCGCCUCCCCGCUCCCUCGCUUCUCGCCCUGCCUCCUCCCGAGUGGCUUGUUCUGGCGGCGUGUGAGGCGUCGCUUGCGGCCUGGUGCUCAAGAUGCUUCAUCUGAUGUCAGAAGCUGUGUUGUCAUCAGCCCUUCGGCUUUAUUUCUCAUUCUGAUAAUGAGGAGUCCGUCUGACUGAAGCAAAAUGAAUGAGCAUCCAAAGAAGAGGAAAAGGAAGACUCUACAUCCUUCACGUUAUUCGGGUAGGUCAAAAAUAGAUUCUUCUGGUGUUCCCAGAUAUAUAGACAACAGCGGUAUAUUUUCUGACCACUGUUAUAGUGUGUGUUCUAUGAAACAGCUGGACUCAAAAAUUUCUGAUAAUCGAGAUAAAUCUGCAAAUAAUGGCAUUUUUAAAGACACAUGUGAGUCCCCAGUCUUCAGUGACAGUUUACCUGAAGAGGAGAAACCACUGGACAUUCAGACUGUAGAGAUCUCCACCACUGAAGUUCAGGCUGUAGAAGUUCAUGACAUAGAAACCCAGACUGUUUCCCCAGAGAAGCUUGAAGCUGAGGAAGCAGAGGAAAUUCCCUUGGAAAACUGCAAGGUGCUUGAGGGGAACCCUCCCUUGAAUGUCACCAUUCAACCCAAAUGGCCUCUGCUGCGAGCCAACAGCAGUGGCCUGUACAAAUGUGAACGCUGCGCCUUCAACAGCAAGUACUUCUCAGAUUUAAAGCAACAUGUUGUUCUGAAGCAUAAAACUUGUCCAGAGGGCAACAUCUGCCGGGUGUGUAAGGAGAGCUUCUCCUCCAAAAAGGUGCUGAUUGAACACUUAAAAAUCCACGAGGAAGACCCCUACAUUUGCAAGUACUGUGACUACAAAACCGUGAUGUUUGAGAAUCUGACUCAGCAUAUAGCAGACACCCACUUCAGUGACCACCUUUACUGGUGUGAACAGUGCGAUGUCCAGUUCUCCUCUAGCAGUGAGCUGUACCUCCAUUUCCAGGAGCACAGCUGUGAUGAACAGUACCUCUGCCAGUUCUGUGAGCAUGAAACGAGUGACCCAGAGGAUUUGCACAGCCAUGUUGUAAACGAACAUGCAGGACGGCUGAUCGAACUGAGUGACAGCUACCAUAGCAGACAGCUGCAGCAAGGCCAGUACAGCCUGGUCAAUAAAAUCAGCUUUGACAAAUGCAAGAACUUCUUUGUGUGCCAAGUGUGUGGUUUCCGCAGCAGGCUGCACACAAAUGUCAACCGACAUGUAGCAAUUGAGCACACAAAAAUAUUCCCUCAUGUUUGUGAUGACUGUGGAAAGGGUUUUUCGGGCAUGCUGGAAUACUGCAAACAUUUGAACACUCACAUAUCCGAAGGCAUUUAUUUGUGUCAAUAUUGUGAGUAUUCCACAGGGCAGAUUGGAGACCUCAAAAUUCACCUGGACUUCAGACAUUCAGUUGACUUGCCUCACAAAUGCACUGAUUGCCUGAUGAGGUUUGGGAAUGAAAAGGACCUUUUGAGUCAUCUUCAAAUGCAUGAAACUGCUUAAUUGUUUUUGUAGUGUGUGUGUGUUUUUAGCCCAGAAUAUUAGAAUUCAAAACUGCAUUUCCACAUACGCUAUCCUAAAGUUACAGGAGAGUUAUGUGUCAAUGAAGCUCUUAGUGCAUAAUAAUAUGUACAGUUCAUCUCUGAAGGUAACCUAGCAAAAAGUCCUUUUGUACUUAUAGAGGGAAAUAAAUAUACAUAAAAAUUCA